UUGUUUGUUUGUUUGUUUGUUUGUUUGUUUGCCACUUGAUGAAGGGGUAAGGUUCCGGCAGUGAGAAGUAGAAAGAGGCGGGGCGAUGGCCAUUUCUCAAGUCGUGAUUGGUUAUUUCAGCAGCGGCACGUCCGGUGUGGAGAAACUCUGAGUGCGCACAGUUCUCCGGGGCUGGGGGAGGUGCCGGGCUGAACGCAGGAAAUAAAGUUUCAUCAAGAGAAUCCUGAAAAGAUCUUUAGUAAUACUAUAUUAAGCUAAUCCAAAAGUAAAUGUGGAACUUAGAAAAAGAUUGCAAACUCCAAAUCAACACGGUUACAGAGAAUUAGAAAAGGAAAAGAUUACAGCUUCAUUUGAGGACUUUUGUAAAGAACUCUGUAUACCAUAUAUGAGUUUUAAAAUCUUGGAGCAACAAUCAGUGACUGUGCCAGAUCAAACAAGUUCAGAAGUACAAAUGGAGAACUGGUCAAAAGAUGUCAUUCAAAGUUACCAUGAACAAGAUAUUAUAGUGAGAAAUCAAAAUUCACAAUCAGAUGGCCAACUUGUUACCAGUUCUGCUGGAUGCUUGCAAAAUAAACAAAAUAAACUAGUAAAACAGACUGCGUUUGAGGAGACAAAACUUCCAAUGGAUAAUCCAAGGUGCUUUCAGGUCAUUGAUUUCCACCCAGAGGAUGUUACUACCUACUAUACUACUGAAAAAUCCAAAAUUACAGAGCAUAGAAGCAGUGAUCCACUCUAUGAUUUUAUGGUACCUUUUCAAGUUACAGAAAAUGUGGAUAAAGACGAGACUAUCUCCCUCCUUCAAAAAGAAUUGAACAUUCUAAGGAUAAGUAAUAAAAAGCUUCAAGAAAAACUGGCUCAAGAAGGUAAAGAACUGAAGACAUUAAAGCUUGAGUUGGAACUCCUAGAGAGAGCGACAGAAGCUAAAAUUGCUGAAAAGACAGCAGCUCUGGUUGAAGAGAUCUAUUUUGCACAGAGAGAACAUGAUGAAGCUAUCAUGUCUAGGCUGCAGUUAGCCAAUGAGGAGAGAGAUGAAGCCAUUUCACGAGCCAGACAACUGGAGAAGUCUCUGAAAGAGCUAGAAAAUAUUAACCCUGAAGAAAAUGACAUGACAUUACAGGAAUUAUUGAACAGAAUAAACAAUGCAGACACAGGGAGAGCUAUCCAGAGUAAUGGAGCUAUAAUUAUGGAUCGAAUAUACAAGACCAAGAAAUGUAAAGAGAAAAUAACUACUGAAGAAAUGAGUGCAGUGAUAGAAGAACGUGAUGCAGCUUUGUCUAAGAAAUUGGGAGAGAGAGAGAGAGAAAGAAAGAAAGAGAAUAUUGUUGGUGGAGCAGUCAGAAAACACACAUUUAUUGAGUAAGUUUGUUGUCAGGUUCAUGGUGCCUCAAAACAAUUACAGUGCUAACAUCAAAGAUCACUGA